AAUAAAAGAGAAAGAUUAUUAUAGAGAACUUGUCUCCUCUGUCUCUCACUCUCUAUCCAAAAUAAUUAAAAACGACGAGAGAAACCAAACACAACAAAAACUUUGUUAAACCAAAGACCUUAGCAUCGUGGUCUUUGUAUAAUUGUAUCUGUCUUUCCCAUUUCGUUUGAUUUCUUCAGACAAUCAUCAGGAUUUAUUUUCUUUCCUAAAUCGAUUGAUUUCUUUAAAACUUUCCUUUUUUUGUUGUUGAGGGAAGAAGUAUAAAAAUUUCGACUUUUUUUUUUAUUUGGGUUCUGUUCCGGGUUUUGAUUUUGAUUAGUUUUUGUUGUCAAUAAUGGAUUCUGAUUCAUGGAGUGAUCGUCUUGCUUCAGCUACAAGGAGAUACCAGCUAGCUUUUCCAUCACGAUCUGAUACGUUCUUAGGGUUUGAAGAGAUAGAUGGAGAAGAAGAGUUCAGGGAAGAGUUUGCUUGCCCUUUCUGUUCUGACUAUUUUGAUAUUGUAUCUCUCUGCUGCCACAUUGAUGAAGAUCAUCCCAUGGAAGCCAAAAAUGGGGUAUGUCCAGUUUGUGCGGUUAGGGUGGGUGUUGAUAUGGUUGCUCAUAUAACCCUUCAGCAUGCUAAUAUAUUCAAGAUGCACCGCAAGAGAAAACCAAGAAGAGGCGGGUCACAUUCCACGUUAUCGAUC